GAGACGGUGAUCCGGGAUACGCAGCGAUUGUCGUCAACCGCUCCCGGUAGACGACGUAGAAGUGUGUUUGAGAUCCAGUCUCCGCAUUGGGCAGAACGCGGCAAAACUAGGAGCUGCCGUCACGAUGGGAAACGUCCAACUGCCUUCCAGCGGCCGGAGAACUCUCCAGGCGGUGACCAUGGUGCUGAUGGCCCUGGAGUUCCUCCUCGCCAACGCUCUUCUGGAGGAUGAAAUGGCGGCCCUCUCAUCUUCCGGGUCCACGUGGAAGGAACCCGAGAAACGAAACACAUGGUGGUCCAAGCGCGCCAAUACGAAGGAAGCCGGUAAGAGGACCAAUGAGCCCAGCUUCGAAGUGGAUCUACCGCUCUGCGCUCUUGUGGUUUCUGCAGCUGGUUGCUACGUGGAAACCUGCGUUCCCCUGGUGUUCGAGUGCGGCCGAACCUCGGACAACAAGUCCGGCUACGCGAAGUGCCGCAACGUUCACAGUGCCUGUCUCGCCCAAUGCGUCCGGAACCUCAACAGAGUCGGCGCGAAUCUCCAGAAGUGACUGGCCACCUGAAUCUUGAAAAGAGUUAAAAGAACGGGCAACGGCAAGCCGUUCAAGCAGGUGGCCACUCCUUGCUUGUCUGAAUGGACACCGAUCGUCACACGACGUGCGACCACUCCCGUCCUUUCUUUGGUUAUUUCGUCCGGCAAGAGAACGGCAGCAUUGUCGUCAACCCUGAAACAAAGAUUCCAAGCUUGUCUUUGAGAACGUUUCUGUCUUUAGUUUUUCUCUACACCACCAGCAGUUUAUUUUCUCGAUGCGUGCUAUGAUCUCCUUGGCUUUGAAAAGCAGCCGGUCCCCGUUGACCAGCGAAAAAAAAAAAAAAAAAGGAACUGCCACGAAA